UUCGCCUCACAGCAGCUCCGUACUGCCUCGGUACUUCAAUGUGCGUCUCUUUGACCACGAAAGCGAGUACAGAUACCAAUGUCUUCGUCUAUUUAACCGGGAGCACAUUAGCAGCGAGUUACGCAGUUUGGUAAUAAUAGAUUUCAUCUGUCUCCCCCGCUCAGCGAACUGAUUCUUUUAUAUAUUUGCACUGAAGAUGUUUUCUCAGUGGAGUUAUAUCAGACGGUGUACCCUUUGCACUCUAGUUUGGACCUCGUUUAUCUCAGCCGCACUCAGGACACUUGCUAUUCCGAGUAAUGAAGUGAAUUUAUUGGACUCGCGAACUGUAAUGGGUGACCUGGGAUGGAUAGCUUAUCCAAAGAAUGGGUGGGAAGAGAUAGGGGAAGUUGAUGAAAACUAUGCUCCAAUCCAUACUUACCAAGUCUGCAAGGUAAUGGAACACAACCAGAAUAAUUGGCUCCAAACUAACUGGAUCUUCAAUGAAGGUGCCCAGAGGGUUUUUAUUGAGCUCAAGUUCACAUUGCGGGACUGUAACAGUUUGCCAGGAGGGCUGGGAACCUGCAAGGAGACUUUCAACAUGUAUUAUUUUGAAUCAGAUGAUGAAGAAGGCAGGAAUGUCCGAGAAAGCCAGUAUAACAAGAUUGAUACUAUUGCUGCUGAUGAGAGCUUCACAGAACUUGACCUGGGAGACAGGGUGAUGAAGCUAAACACGGAGGUGAGAGAUGUUGGGCCUUUAUCUAAGAAGGGCUUUUUCCUGGCUUUUCAGGAUGUAGGUGCAUGCAUUGCCCUGGUGUCAGUGCGUGUUUAUUACAAAAAGUGCCCCACUGUUAUCAAAAACCUGGCUGUCUUCCCGGAUACCAUUACUGGGGCUGACUCUUCCCAACUAUUGGAGGUUGCAGGAACCUGUGUCAACAACUCUGUAGCUGAAGAGCUUCCCAGGAUGCAUUGCAGUGCUGAAGGGGAAUGGCUGGUGCCCAUUGGAAAGUGCAUAUGUCAAGCAGGAUAUGAAGAAUUGAAUGGCACCUGUCAAGUCUGCAUAGCGGGUUUCUUUAGACCCUCUACUCAGAGCCCUGGGUGCAGUAAGUGUCCUCUUCACAGUCACACCUAUGUAGAGGCCUCUACCACCUGCCAGUGUGAGGAUGGCUACUUCAGGAGGGACAAUGACCCACCCAAUAUGGACUGCACAAAGCCACCCUCAGCUCCUCGAAAUGCAAUCUCAAAUGUGAAUGAAACAAGUGUGUUCCUGGAAUGGAUGGCACCUGCAGUAACAGGAGGCCGGAAGGAUGUGACUUACAACAUAAUUUGCAAGAAGUGCAGUUCAGACUCCAAUCAGUGUGAAGAAUGUGGCAGCCAUGUCAGGUACCUCCCUCAUCAUAGGAACCUACGCAACACCUCUGUGAUGGUGGCAGAUCUUCUGGCCCACACAAAUUACACUUUCGAGGUGGAGGCAGUUAAUGGCGUUUCAGCUCUCAGCGCCCGACCCAGACAGUUUGUCACUCUAAAUGUGACAACCAACCAGGCAGCUCCUUCGCCAGUCAGCUUUGUAAAAAAAGGAAAAACUGCAAAGAACAGCAUCUUUGUGUCAUGGCAGGAACCAGACCGUCCCAACGGUAUCAUUUUGGAAUACGAGAUCAAAUAUUUUGAAAAGGAUCAGGAGACCAGCUACACCAUUAUAAAAUCAAAGGACACAGAGAUCACUGCAGAUGGCCUGAAGCCUGCUUCAGUUUAUGUGUUCCUAGUCCGAGCUCGUACUGCAGCAGGAUAUGGAGAGUUCAGUCGUAGAUUUGAGUUUGAAACUAGCCCCUUUUUAGUAGCUGCAUCUAGCGACCAGAGCCAGACCCCAAUCAUUGCUGUUUCAGUCACUGUGGGAGUGAUCCUCUUGGCAGUGGUUACUGGGUUUCUCCUCAGUGGAAGGCGCUGUGGCUACAGUAAGGCUAAGCAGGAUCCAGAGGAAGAAAAGAUGCACUUUCACAAUGGUCAUAUAAAAUUGCCUGGAGUGCGUACAUAUAUUGACCCUCACACUUAUGAAGAUCCAAACCAAGCUGUUCACGAGUUUGCAAAGGAGAUUGAUGCAUCAUGUAUUACUAUUGAAAGAGUAAUAGGAGCAGGUGAAUUUGGAGAAGUGUGUAGUGGACGUCUGAAGCUCCCAGGUAAAAGAGAGAUUCCAGUAGCUAUCAAAACUCUUAAAGCUGGCUAUACUGAAAAACAGCGGAGAGAGUUUUUAGGAGAAGCCAGCAUCAUGGGACAAUUUGAUCAUCCUAACAUCAUCCACUUGGAAGGGGUCGUGACCAAAAGCAAACCUGUAAUGAUUGUAACCGAAUACAUGGAAAAUGGAUCUCUUGAUACCUUUUUGAAGAAGAAUGAUGGACAGUUUACAGUCAUUCAGCUGGUGGGGAUGCUGAGAGGGAUUGCAUCAGGGAUGAGAUACCUGUCUGACAUGGGCUAUGUGCACAGAGACCUUGCUGCAAGAAACAUUCUGGUCAACAGUAACCUUGUGUGUAAAGUCUCAGAUUUUGGCCUGUCUCGUGUCUUAGAGGACGAUCCAGAAGCAGCCUACACAACAAGGGGGGGCAAGAUUCCAAUCAGAUGGACAGCUCCAGAGGCCAUUGCAUUUCGGAAGUUCACUUCUGCCAGUGAUGUGUGGAGCUAUGGGAUUGUCAUGUGGGAAGUGAUGUCCUAUGGGGAAAGACCUUACUGGGAAAUGAGUAACCAAGAUGUGAUCAAAGCUGUGGAAGAAGGUUAUCGCUUGCCUGGGCCCAUGGAUUGCUCAGCUGCCCUUUACCAGUUGAUGAUGGAUUGCUGGCAGAAAGACAGGAACAGCAGACCCAAGUUUGAAGAAAUAGUCAGCUUGUUGGACAAGCUCAUCCGCAACCCCAGUAGCUUGAAAACCUUAAUAAAUGCUUCCAAUGGGGUUUCCAACUUACUAGUGGAGCAUGGCACUGUGGAAUCCACUGUCUACCAAUCUGUAGGAGACUGGUUAGAGGCCAUAAAAAUGGGUCGAUAUACAGAACAUUUCAUGGAAAGUGGUUACAGUUCAGUGGAUGCUGUGGCUCAGAUGACCUUGGAAGACCUGAGAAGACUUGGGGUAAAUCUCGCCGGUCAUCAGAAAAAAAUCAUCAGCAGCAUUCAAGAAAUGAGAGUUCAGAUGAUGAAUGGCACAGUACCAGUUUAAGCCUCCUGGCAGAAUCAUGGUACCUUUAACCCCUGCACUUUUUAUGAAUUUGAACAUGUAUUUAUUGCUUAGGAAUAUUAAGAAGGGAAGGAACUUUUUAUGUGAAGAAAUUCUAUUUGCAGCCAGACGGUCCAACUUGUAUUUGUAAAUGACUUCUCUGUUGUGCAUUUCAGUUUUCAGGAAGAGCAAUCAAGAUGCAUGGAUCAUAGAAGUUAAAACUGUUAAAUUAACAAAUAUGAAAACAAAACCACAUCAGUUUCUGUGCUGAAUGUAUAUAGCAGUUUUUUUUUUCUGAUCUCCCAAUUCAAGCACGGAUACGUUUUUUUCCAGUCACCUUGAAUAGUCAAAUUCUCCCUGUGGCUUAUGGGUCUUUUGGACUUAAAAGCUGAAGUUAUUCAAACUAAUCUGUGUUGUUCCAAGUUCUAAAUAUUCCAGUGAUAUGUAUAAAAUGCAAUUUAAGAUGCCCACAUUAAUCUUACUAAUUUCUUCCAAUUCCAAAAGCAGGAAAAAAAACAAUUGUAUUAUGGCAGUGCAGCUUUUUCAAACUCUUGUGUAAUUAUUUUUUAUAAUACAAUAUAUUCUCAAUAAGACAAUUCAUUCCUUUACUUUUCCAUCCGUCUUGAUUUUGUUCUGUGUAUAUAAUGUACAGUUUGAUAAAGCAGGGUAUAAAUGUUUUUUUCUUUCUUUGUUUUUGAGGUGCAGGAGUCUCUAUUUUAUACACUGCAGUGAACUAUCAGUGAACAGAGGAAAUAAGUUAUUGUGUAUGGUUAGCUGAUGAUAGAAUACCUUCUUCACCCCCUUUAAUGAGAAAAAACAAAUCAUUUUGCAGUUUGUGAACAGAUGUGUAUGUUCUGAUUGCUAUUUUGACAUAUUUAUCCAGCUUGUUCCUGUUUGAUAUAAAUAAAAUAUUAUAUGGAAACAUGAUAUUGAUAGGUCAAAUUGUACUGGAAAUUGUACACUCAGCAAUCAGACAUGCUGAUAUUGGUGAAUUCCUGGUGAGUGUCUCAUAUUAAAUUUGGUUAUAUUUGCUGAACAAAAAUAUUAAAGCCUCUGCUAUUUCUAAGAACAAUUUAGUACAGCAUUGUUUCAAAAGAAAAAUUAGCCCAAAAAUUUCAAACAUUUUGGAACAGGCUUCCUUAGGACUGUGUAGAUUUACUAUUAGCUCUUGGAGAAUAGUAGCUACAGAAGCCUGCAAACAUUUUACUAAAUAAAAUUGAUUCUAAAAUUGAUUCUAACAUAUUAAAAGUUUAAUUGCUUAAAUAUGUAAAAGAGCAAAUACACCUGUAAUGUCCCUAUCUUGGUUUUCAAAAAUGAUGACUUGCACAUAAUAAACACCCAUUAUUUCAGUUUUCUUCGACUAUCCCACUACUUCUUUUUAAAGCAAAGAAAUUCAAUACCACCAAAAAAGAAUUAUACUGGUCAAUCAAAAGUCUUAUUCUUCUGUUUGAGAAAGUAGACAGUGCACUUUUACUAUCCACAGAGUAAUUGUACCCCCCACCACCAAUGAUGUCCCAUUUUUUCAAAAUUACACAGUUAUGUGCACACAUUUCUAAAGUGAAUAUUUUUAAUUAAAACACAAAUGCUCAAUCUUAACACUUAAUGCUUUUCUUAGUGAUAGAAGUUAAAUGUCAGAAAGAAAAGAAAAAUCCUAAACUGAAAUAUGUUGAUGGCAUUAGCAUUCACCACCAAUCAAUACUAAGUGAAUCAAUACUAAGUGGAAGAACCUAUGGUGGCAGUUACAGCUAAAUGUCUUUUUAGCUUAAAUCUCUACCAAUUUUGCAGACCAGAAUAUUUGCAAAUUAGACAGCAACAUUCAACAAAUCUUUGUUCAAAUUAGGACAUUGAUUUGGUCACUCAAAGAUACUCACUGUGCUCCAGUUAAGCCACUCCAGUAAAGCUUUUGUCUUGUGCUUCCUACUGCACAGUGUAGGUGCCCCAAUUUUAGAUCUUUGGCAGACUAAAGCAGGCUUUACUUUAAGAUUUGCCUAUACCUUUCUCCAUCCAUUUUCCUCUGAAUCUUGAUAAGAUUCCCAGUCUCUCCUGAUGAGAAGCAGUCCAAUGACACCACCUCUGUGCCUUUUCAGUAGGGUUGUCGUUGACUGGGUGGUGUGCUUUGUGGAGCUUGCAAAAGAUUUAACACCUUACUUUUAGACCAGAGUGAGAGUGUAUUACUUGCUGGAAACUCUGUGUUGCUUUGAACGAUAUACUUCAGAUGGAUUUGUCACUCUGCUGUAUAGGUUAACUUUGUGGAAAGACCAGGAAAAUGACUGUUCACUCAUAAUAUCUCAUUUUCUGUCAUCUCGUCUAUUGAACUCUAUAGCACUAUCAAAGUCUUGAGUCUCACUAACCAGUUUUGGAGAAAUAGCCUGGGUGUCUGGGUGAUAUGAUACACCUUCCCUUUAGUUAUUGUGACUUAUUUACCCAUCUAAGUGUCGAGUAUGAGCUUCACACAUAAAAGUGUUCUGUUUGAGCAUUCCAAUUUUGAUUAAAAAUGAUUACUUUUAAAAAUAUACAUAUAUGAGUUGUAAUUCAACAAAAUAGGAAAUCAUUGGAAGAGAGUGACUACACUUGCAAGGUACUGUGAGUGCCUCAUAAUCUAAGUUCAGAAUCUAUUACAAUUAUUAAGCACCCCAAUCGUGAUGUUUAAUUUACAGCUUUAUAACAGAUAAUAAGAAAAUAUUGUAAGUCAAGUUACUUUGGAUAAAAGUGUCUGCCAAAUGAAUCAAUGUAAAUGAAGUACAACAGGAAGGAUUUACAGUGGUGUUUGUGUAACAUGAUAUUGAGUUUUGAAACAUAAUCAAAGUAAUGUUGACAACAGCAAUUUUUCACACAGAAAACAAAGCUACAUACAGUAUAGUCUUCCUUUCCAUGUAAUACUUUUAUAAAUAUUAAUACUAAUUAGAAAAAAAUGCAGUUUGGGAAAAGUGAUAGGAAAGGUGUCUGAUGUCCUCUGCAGUCUUUUCUUUGACAAAAAAGUACAAUUUAGUUCUCUUUAUUUUUGAUGAUGUACUGUAUAUUGCUAUUUACCAUACUGAGACACAGUUGUUGUAUCAAGGGACCUAUCAAGGACCCACAGCUCUAUGAGGUAAUUUGACACAAAAACGAUUUUAGAGACUUAAAAUCUACAAUCAAAUAAUCGGAAAAUGAUUAGAGACAUACUGUUGUAAAAUCCAUCAAAUCCAUGCGGAACUGCUCUGUUGUACAUACAUGCACAUUUUUCAGUGUGCAUAAAGAUAUAAAUGUAACCAUAAUAACUCAGAACCAUCUGUAAUGUAACUGUUAGAGGAUCUUAAAAUGUAUGAACUCUGUGUAACUACUUAAUAAACACAGUGUUUUUUUACUUAGACUUAUAGAAUUCCAAAAGUUGUGCCACAGAUUCUUUCUAUAGGUGGGUCAGAAUAACACAUUUUAUCAUUUUUAAGUUUUGAAUCUAUUUUGAAUGCUUGAUAGUCUAGGAUCUGUUUUUCAUUUCCUCUCUCAAUAAAGAAUCGUCAUACUGAAGUUAAACAAAAGACAGAAGAAAUUAACAGAUGUAUUGUGUGGAGUCCUCAGGCAUAAACUUGCUUGUUCUAAGGUUAUCCUUUUUUUACAUUUCAGUCCAUGACACAAUUAUAAUGCCAUUUAUUCUGCAGAAUUAGAAUAUUAGCUAAGCAAAUCAUUAUUCUGGAUGUAUGCUUAAUUUCAAAUGAAAUUAAUUUUUACUCAUCUAAAUCUAAGGCAAGGUCAGACUGCUUGAUGAAUUUGACUUUUCUAAUUCAGUACAGAGGUACUGAAACCAGAAGAGGUAGAUGCUGCUAAAUUACCAUUUGAUCAUUUUGAUUGUUUUGUGUGAAAAGUAAUUUAAUUUCUUAUAACUUUACUUAAUGUGCAGAAAGUCAGAUAACAAAUUUCAGUGUUAUCUUAAAGAGGGGCAUUGAGCUGUAUUAAUUGAUAAAAAUAUUUUGCAAAGAUACUGUACUAAAAUGUUUUCACCAUGUAAAAGUCAUUCACUCUUCAUUGAUUAUAUAUCUUUUACCCUAAGUCUCAUGAUUUAAUCAUACAAAUACAAUUUUAAUUAUAAAAACAUAGAAAUUAAUAGCUCUGUUGUAUUGUUUCCUUCCUGAUACUGUAUGUGUAUUUUGGUUGUG